AUGUCUGUCAUCAACAAGGUCGUCGCCCGUCAGGUUGACCUCUACACCGACAAGGGCUUUUUCCACGCCGAGGUCCCUUCCGGCGCCUCCACUGGCGCUCACGAGGCCGUCGAGCUCCGUGACGGCGGCAAGGACUACGUUGGCAAGGGCGUCCUCAAGGCCGUCAAGAAUGUCAACGAGAUCAUCGGCCCCGCCCUCGUCGAGUCCAAGCUCCCUGUCACUUCGCAGAAGGAGAUCGACGACCUCAUGAUCAAGCUUGACGGCACCCCUAACAAGGGCAAGCUCGGCGCCAAUGCUAUCCUUGGUGUCUCCAUGGCUGUUACCGAGGCCGGUGCUGCCGACACGGGCCUCCCCCUCUACGCCUACAUUGCCUCGCUUGCAGGCGUCAAGGAGCCCUACAUCCUCCCCUGCCCCUCGUUCAAUGUCAUCAACGGUGGCUCCCACGCGGGCAACGCCCUCGCCUUCCAGGAGUUCAUGCUCCUCCCCACCGGCGCUUCGUCGUUCACCGAGGCCAUGAAGAUGGGCUCGGAGACUUACCACGUCCUCAAGAAGGUCAUUGUGAAGAAGUACGGUAUUGACGCUGUCAACGUCGGUGACGAGGGUGGCUUCGCCCCCAACGUCUCAGGCGCCGAGGAGUCCCUUGACCUCCUUACCGAGGCCAUUGCCGCUGCUGGCUACACUGGCAAGAUCCAGAUCGGUCUUGACGUCGCUUCGUCCGAGUUCUUCAAGGAUGGCAAGUACGACCUUGACUUCAAGAACCCCAACUCAGACUCUUCCAAGUGGCUCACGGGUGCUCAGCUCGCCGAGCUCUACCACGGUUACUGCGAGAAGUACGACAUCUGCUCGAUUGAGGACCCCUUCCACGAGGACGACUUCGAGGCUUGGGCCCACUACAUGCAGACCGCCAAGAUUCAGAUCGUCGGCGAUGACCUGCUCGUCACCAACCCUCUUCGCAUCAAGACCGCCAUUGAGAAGAAGGCCUGCAACGCUCUUCUCCUUAAGAUCAACCAGAUUGGCACCAUCUCCGAGUCCAUCCAGGCCGUCCAGCUCUCGCAGUCGAACGGCUGGGCCGUCAUGACCUCGCACCGCUCGGGUGAGACCGAGUCGACCUUCAUCGCCGACCUGUCGGUUGGUCUCCGCACUGGCGAAGCGAAAUGUGGGGCUCCGGCCAGGUCAGAGCGUCUGGCUAAGUACAACCAGCUUCUUCGCAUUGAGGAGCAGCUCGGCGAGGCCGCCAUUUACGCCGGCGGCAAAGGCCUCUCGAAGGGUGUCGAGGCCCCCGCUCUCCACUCGGAGUGA